GGCGUGAACGCGUGGGCGUGCUGCGUGUGUGUUGCCUUGGAGCAGCAGGAAGGGAGGGCAGUGGAGAGCGCGCCGUGCCGUGUGCUGCGAUCUGGGAUCCAACCGGCCGCCGCCGGCUGCGCGCGUUGCGGCACUAGCUUGCUAUCCUAUACGACCCGAGCUUUGUCUUGUCGACCGGCCAUGAGGGUGGUGGUGUCGGGCGCGACGGGGUUCAUGGGCGGCCGCCUGUGCGCGGCGCUGGCCGACGCCGGCCACGACGUGCGCGCGUUCGCGCUCCGCGGCGUCGACGCCUCCGGCCUCCCUCCCUCCGUCGAGGUGGUCUACGGCGACGUCACCGACGAGGAGUCGCUCGCCGCCGCCUUCCGCGGGCGCGACGCCGUGUUCCACACCGCCGCGGCCGUCGAGGCGUGGCUCCCCGACGCCUUCGUUUUCCACACCGUCAAUGUAGGGGGACUUGAGAAUGUGUUGAAGGCUGCCAAGAGAACGCCAACAGUGAAGAAGAUAGUUUACACAUCGUCAUACUUUGCAAUUGGCCCAACGGAUGGUUAUGUCGCUGAUGAGAAACAGGUCCAUCAAGGGAAAGCAUUUUGCACAGAAUAUGAGAAAUCAAAGUUUCUAGCAGACAGGAUUGCGCUGCAGGCAGCCGCAGAGGGGGUGCCAAUCACCAUAGUCUAUCCAAGCGUCAUGUAUGGCCCUGGAACGCUUACAUCUGGAAAUCUUGUUUGCCGUGUUUUAAUUGAAAGGUUCAAUGGGCGUUUACCUGGUUACAUCGGAGACGGGUACGACAGAGAGUCGUUCAGCCAUGUUGACGACGUGGUUAGCGGCCACAUAGCAGCAUUGGAGAAGGGCAGAGUGGGUGAAAGAUACCUCCUCACCGGAGAGAACGUGUCAUUCGCGCAGAUUUUCAAUCUGGCUGCGAAUAUUACGAACACAAAACCACCCAAAUUCCACAUACCUCUCUGGGUGCUUGAAAUCUAUGGGCGGAUUUCAGUUUUAUUUGCUCGCAUAACUGGAAAGCCCCCACUUAUCAGCUAUCCUGGAGUGGAUUGUAUCAGACAUCAAUGGGCAUACUCGUGUGACAAGGCCAAGAAGGAGCUGGGCUAUAGUCCUAGAAGCUUAACUGAAGGAUUAGCAGAGACGCUCUUGUGGCUGAAGAAUGAGAAACUGAUCGAAUUCUAAAGCUGUAUCCAUUUGGGACCCCAUCUGUUUUCAUUCGAGUCCAUUUUGAAUCUUUUUAUCAUGUCAUGCAAGUAUGCAACAGAACUAGUAUAGAAGACAUAAAUAAAGAAGUUGCUGAGAAGUCUGAUAAGAACAAAUGAUAGGGGCAUAGGUACGUAGGGUAUACUUACCAACCAAAACCAGGACACCAUGUGAAUGUAGCUCUGGCUUCAUAUUGGAUGGAAAUGCACUAUGCAGGGUCGAAGUUGUGGUUGCUUUUCUUGCUGCCGCCACCUAGUUUCCCA